AUGGUCUUUAGGGCGGCCGGGGGCAAAUUACCGAGCUAUGUUCCACCCAUUAAGAUAAGCAAUAUAGAACUCGAGCGGGUCUAUCAAUACAAGUACCUUGGCCAUUUUGUCUCCGCCGACCUUAAGGACCUCAUGGAUAUUGAGAGGGAACGCAGGGCGCUGGCGGUCAGGUGUAAUAUGGUGGUGCGAAGCCUUUGGACCAACUAUACGCACAGAGCCAUCAGCGCCCUGCGAGUACAAUAUAACAAUGGUUUUCGUAUGUUGUUGGGGCUGCCGCGGUUCUGCAGCGCGUCAGCAACUAUCGAUCACCUGCUGUUGAAUGUGCCGGACAACGCGACGGUGCCGACCGGCAGCUGCUCAGGCAACAACAGCCAGUGGCUGACGAUCAGCUGGCCCGCGCCCGCCAACACCACCAACAAUCUGACGCUCGUCUUCCAACGCAACGACACUACACACAACUAUGCCCUCAGCGCCGUCAAUCUUACACUCAGUGCGCAUAUGUUCCCCAACGCUUCGAUGCUGACGCCCACUGUGGAGUCGUGGCACGGCGCGGAGUGGCUGACGCCGCUGGCGACCUCGUACCGCUGCGCCGCGCCCGCGUCCCUCAACAUGGGCGCCGCCCACGACAGCGUCACCGCCUCGCUCACCCUCUCGCAGCUGCAGGAGGAGGCCUUCCGUUCGGCGCACGGCACUUCGUUCAGCGCUGCGCGUGAGUGCGGCGGUGGUGACGUCCCGGACGCGGUGCCGAUCGCUGUGGGGUGCGCGCUGGGAGGGUUGGUGGUGGUGGUGCUGGUGGCGUACCUCGUCGCGCGCCGCCGCUCCGCCGCGAGGGGAUACCUCUCUAUGUAAACGGCUCAAGGGCAAUCAUCCUGGGUAGUGAGUAACCACAGUCAAUAUAAAAGAAUGAACACAAACCUUCAGGUAACCCGAUCCGUAUCACUUAUGGCAUCGCCCAUUCUCGCGGCCAAAUUCACAAUGUAUUAGCGCAAAUGCAAUCUUCUAACAUUUCACAUUUAGUUUUUCAAAGUAGGUAGUGUAAUUGCUCAAACUCUCGGUUUGAUACGUCACAUUUGACAGCUAUCAUGUGACGUCACUUAAAAACAAAGUACGUGGUCGAGUCGUAGUUAGAUUGUUCCAGUCAUCAUAGAGCGCUUGCUACCUAGUAAUUAACCAUUAAAAACUCUAGAAGAGAGCUUUCCCAACUAUGAGUUUGGUUUCCGUCUGUCGAAUUUGUUGCUUUUACAAGCGGAAUUUCUUCUAGAAUUAAACGCCACUUGACAGCUGUCAAAUAUGUCAAAUUAUAACAAGAGUACUUUCCUUUGAUGCGGUACCUACAAUCCGGAAGAUUAGAGAAAAAAGAAUGUAUAAUUCUAUAUUAACAUUAGAUUAUGUAGAUAAACGUGUACUAAUAUUACUACGUCUUCAAAGAACUAUCAAUAUUUUUAUAUUCAUAGUGUUAUCAAUAUUUAGCUUUUAAUGUAUCUGUAAGGCCCGUGUUAAUAAACCAAUCAAAAUAAAUCCGGUAUAAAGCGUAACUGAGAUGUCAAGGUGGUUUUUGACAACUCUCAAAUUAUAUGCGUUAUCAAUGAGUAAUCGUUGAUGUGAAUUCGGGUUAUCUUAUUCAUAAAGACAGUGGAUUUAGGCAACUUUUUAAUAUAAAUCCAGCACUUGAGAUGGAUUUAUUACCACUUGCCUAAAAAUCCUUUUCGCUUAUUUAUUUCAUUUAUUCUUUUUCUUUUCUUUUUAUUAAUCUUUUUUUUUUAAUGGGUCAGUCUUGAACAAAUGUUGUGCCCUCUUUUAAAAGAUGGCUAUGGUUUUUGUUAUUAUUUCUUUUUUGAAUAUAAGCUAUAAAAGCUUCAUAACAUAACAUACUCGAAAGUCAACUGUUUUAAAAACUAUGACCAUAAAAAUCCCGCCAUUUUUUU